AACCUCCUGUCAAUGAUUCUUCAGGGGUGACACAUUCGACGUCUGGUUGUGUCUUGUAAAGAACAUUUAUGAAAAUAUGACGCCUGUCCUUCUGAUCGCGCUUUUGUUGUUUACAUGCCAGUUGUGUACGGAGGCAAGAAGGAAAAUCACCAAGGAGAAUCGCUGUGAAAAAAUCGAGGUUGCAGUUUGUUCUAAACUUGGCUAUGCCAGAACAAAGUUUCCAAACCCCUUCACUAACAUAACAACUCAAGCAGCGACGAAUAAUUUGACGCGUUUUCUUCCCAUAUUGUUCCAACUAAAUUGCACAAGAAGAAACGCCAUUCCCUUCCUCUGUUCUGUAUAUGUACCGAGAUGUUCUACCAAACGACCGCUCUCGCCACCGUGUCGGGAGUUCUGCGAGAGAUCAGUGGGUUCUUGUCCUGCGUUGGCAGCCCGUUUUGGCAUCAUAUGGCCGGCGCCUCUCAUGUGCUCGAAUUAUCCGUCAAAGAAUGGCGAAGAAAAAUGCUUUGACGGCAAAUUGAAAACAAGAAGAAAAAACAACAAAGGAAAAAAAGGAAAGAGGGUAGCCAACGCGUCCAAGUGCUGUAGAGUCGGUGAAUCACUUGCGAGGUCAAAUCCGACAUGCAAUAUUCCCGAUAGCAUAACAGGCAAGUCUAGAAGAAAGUUGAAGAAAGGAAUAGAAUUGUGCAAAAAAUUCAAAGGCAAACUGAUCGAAUGCUGUAAGACACGGGCGGCAAAGAAGAAACUAAGGAAGAACAAAAAGCCAAACAGGAAGAUCAAGAAAUUGCACAAAAAUCUGCGAAGGUUCUCGAAGAAACUGCAACGCCAACAAAAGCGCAAAGAGAAGAAAAAGCAAAACAGGAAGAACAAGAAUAGGGGACAAAACUAGGAGAACUCAGAACACAUCUAUUAUACUCAAAAUUUCACGUGUUUUACUUGUAUAUUAGGAUAGCUUAUGUAGUAUGUGGUUUGUUUUAAGGGAUAACACUAUAUAUUUUGUUAAGUUCUUUCAUAGGUAUGAAAUUGGGUAAACUAAAUUUUAGAUAAAAUAUGGUAGUUUUGCAUCUGAUACGUAGAACAAUACAUGUACUCGAAAUUUGAAUAAGAAGCGCUUUUCGUUUAUUGUUUGUUAAAA